AUGCCCCCCUUCAUAUCAACCGACCACGCCCACCGGUCCUUCGGCCCCGUCGACCGAGCCGCACUCGCUGAAAAACUCCCCUCGCGCGCCGAGCGCGGCCUCCUGCGCAUGGGACUCGUGCGCUCCGACCGGUGGAAACAGAUGCCUGCCGAGGGCUUGUACCAGCUUGUUAUCUCUGAGGUCCUCGAUAACGGCUUGACUUAUCCGCUGGAGCGCAGCGGCGGAAGGGCGUUUGCGGUUACGUCGGUGUUGGAUUUGGGGCUGCGGAUGAUGGAGAGUGAGAGGGGGAAGCAGGCCCUUGAGAACCUCGCGAGGAAGGCCAUCUGCGUCUGGCGGGAACGGCCAGUGCCCGGUCCAGUGGUUGAACCGUGGGUUGUCGACGUGCCCGCGGCUGUGGAUGAGUUCCUUCGCUGUGUGCGCUACCGUUUCCCCAUUGUCAAGCUCGACGAUCGCAACGGCUUCUGCCACGAAGAGGAGAACAAGACGUUGCCGUAUUCGUGGGUCGACGAGUACUCGACGCUGGAGCAAUUCGAUUUCAACCCCAAGGCGGCUGCUGUGCUGCACUUGAACUGGCAGGUUAGUCUCACGUUUCGUUUGGCCCUGGGGGUAGGAGAACUGAAGCUAGUCGAGAAACUCUACUGGACCCGCCUCAAAGCCGACGUCGCCCGACGCCAACAACGCGAAGACGAGCGACUCGCCGAAACCGUCCGCUUCCAUCGGCUUCAAUUCCACCUCGGCGCCAUGGUCACGCACCACCUCUGCCACCUAUUCGUCAACUUCCUCCGCGGGUCCGACGACCUGCUCGCGCGGGGCAUCACCGACACCGACUUCCUGCGUCUCGUGCGCCGCUACGACCCGGGCGCCGAAUUCGAGAUUGAUUUCUUUGGAGGGCGUCCCAAGUUGUUCAUCGAUCGCAGUGCCGCCAGCGAGCAGAGCUAUGAGGGCCAGAGUUAUGUGAUUAAGCGCGGACGUGGUGGUGGCCGGAUGGCGGCUGUUGUGGCGCAGUACAAGAUUGAGAGUUAUCUCAAGGGCGAUUUCUCCGUCCCCCUCCUAACCGAAGUCCAAAGCGAAGUUUUCCCCAUGGAGCGCUACCAAGAAGUCCUCCGCCGUCACGGCGGUGCUAGCCGUAGCAGCAGUUCCAAAGAGAACGAAGACUGUGACUGGCGCGAAGGGCAGACACCCGGUGGUCCGAGGCGUGUAGCGACAACGAGCGGUUCGUUUGAGCAUCGCCGGAUCGGCGUGCCGUGGGAUGUGAAGGGGACGGAGUACCAGAUGUUGAAGCAGGCGUGCUUUGAUCCGUGUGUGAAGGUUGUGGAUCCGAGGGGGGUGUAA